CUUCACUUCACUCGUUUUCAUCUACCAACAAAACUACAAAAACACCCACUACCACCGCAAAAAUGCAGUUCACCAUCGCCACCAUUGUCACCUUCGCCGCCGCCCUCGCGGCCGCCGCUCCGGUCUCUGACCCAUCCACCAAGCCAGCAGCCCUCCAGGCUCGCGGUGGCUACGGCGGUGAAUCUUACGGUGCCGGUGGCUCUUACGGUGCCGGCGGCUCUUUCGGCGGCGAGUCUUCUGGCGGCGCUUCCUUCGGCGGCGGCGAGUCUGCUGGCGGCCAGGGCGGCUUUGGCGGCGGCGAGUCUGGUGGCCACGAGGGCGGCGCUAUGUCGUGCCCCAAGGGUCAGACUGAGGGUUGCUUCCAGGGUCCUCCUGGCCCACCAUCCGGCGGACACGGUGAGGAGGAGGAGCACGACACUUACUCCAACUGCUCUCAGAACAACCAGCUUGGCGGCUUGAUUCCAGUCUUCCUCUGCGACAACUUGAACGGCAACAAGAUCCAGGUCCCAGUCACCGUCCUCGGCAAGUCUACUACUGUCGCCUAGAUUUCUUCUUUCGCAACAGCAAUGCAACCCAGCAAGCUUCUUUGCACAAGCAGGACGAACACAAUAGACACAUGGAAACAAACAGAGACAAGAUGAGGAGUGGGAUGUACUAUUACUAGCUAUCUGAUAUUCAUAAUCCACAAUAAAACUGAG